AUGAUGGCCGAAAACGAGAUUGAUAAAGAGAUCGAACAAGCACUAUACGAUGAUCAGUGUAUGAGAGAAUUAGCGCGCUUUUUGAUUGUAGCGUCAACUGAAGUUGUCAGCACAGUAAAGACCUAUUUUGGCAAGCAUGGAAAACACAAGGAGCCUUGUUCGUAUACCCCGAACUUGGCCCAUCCUGUCGGGCAUGAGCGAUCUGAAGGUGCUAAUGGGCAACUGCAGAGAACUGCAGAGAGAACAGCCGAUGGAAGUGGAUGA